GAGACUGAGGAGGUGUUGAUUCUAAAGCAGCUCUCCUGGAAGAUCAGAAUCUCAUACUUUCAAGAGAACUCCACGGAGGUGUUGCCAAGGAAGUCAAAUUUAGAAAGCUCCACUUGCGGGAAAGAGAAGACUCAAGAGGCCACUGGAAUGCUCCAGGCAAGAGAAAAUGAGGAGAAAGACAAGAAACUUCAAGCAUAAGACAGUUAAAGACAAUAAAACACUCACAGAACUGAAUGAUCAGGACUCUGAAAAAGAUGGUAGUCAGUGCUCUGGGCCUACAAUAAAUGAGAGAAUUCAAGAGGAAAAGAGACAGUACGUAUGUACUGAGUGUGGGAAAGCUUUUAGUCAGAGUGCAAACCUCACGGUGCAUGAGCGAAUCCACACAGGAGAGAAACCCUAUAAGUGUAAGGAGUGUGGAAAAGCCUUCAGUCAUAGCUCCAACCUUGUUGUUCAUCGGCGGAUCCACACUGGACUGAAGCCCUACACGUGCAGUGAAUGUGGGAAAUCUUUCAGUGGUAAGUCGCACCUCAUUCGGCACCAGGGAAUCCACAGUGGGGAGAAAACUUAUGAAUGCAAAGAGUGUGGGAAAGCUUUCAGUCGAAGUUCAGGUCUUAUUUCACAUCACAGAGUUCAUACAGGGGAGAAGCCAUACACAUGCAUUGAGUGUGGGAAAGCCUUCAGCCGUAGCUCCAACCUUACUCAACAUCAGAGAAUGCACAAAGGAAAAAAGGUUUACAAAUGUAAGGAGUGUGGGAAAACAUGUGUUUCUAAUACAAAGAUUAUGGACCAUCAGAGAAUUCACACAGGGGAGAAGCCUUAUGAAUGCAAUGAGUGCGGAAAAGCUUUCAUCUUAAAGAAGACCCUUAAUGAGCAUCAGAGACUUCAUCGUAGAGAGAAACCUUACAAAUGUAAUGAGUGUGGGAAAGCUUUUACUUCUAACCGAAACCUUAUUGACCACCAGAGAGUUCACACUGGAGAGAAACCUUAUAAAUGUAACGAAUGUGGAAAAACCUUUAGGCAGACCUCUCAAGUUAUUCUACAUUUGAGAACCCACACUAAGGAGAAACCCUAUAAAUGUGGUGAGUGUGGGAAAGCCUAUCGUUAUAGUUCACAACUCAUUCAACACCAGAGAAAACACAACGAGGAGAAAGAAACCUCAUAAAUGUAUUGUUGGUAGUAGGACUAAUUGCU